AUGAAGCACAGCCAACACUGGCGCGGGGAAGGGAAUCUCUUUGUCGCGCGGCAAGUGGCCGCUGAAGGGAUCACAGACGCGGAGGGCUUGGGGGGCCGAAGCAGCGCGCGGCGGAGGGGGAGGUUCUCAUCUACACGCGUGACGGGAUUAUCGUCGGCGUCGCUCGUGCAAGUGGCUGUUGGAGUCAUUUUGAUUAUAUCGACUGCGGGAGCCGUCUCCUCUCAUCCUCCAUGGACAGACUCAAGCCCCUUCCAAAUCCUGUCGGAGUGGCUCGACCGCAGCGCUGACUCGGACCUCAAGGGCGCCGGCCCGCCCAAUAUCGAGCGGGCUUUCAAAGUGGUGGCAUCUUCCCAGCAAGCCCUCAAGACCAUGGACGGGGCAGCGCACAGCCUCUACGCUUACAGCCACCCUCGGCCCCCGGUCACGGCCUGGAGCCGGCUGGAGUACAGCCGGGCCAGCAAGGCUGAGAAAGAGAUGCGGCUCAAGGCAUUCCGCAAGGCCAAACUUCUGGAGGAGGCGGUGUAUAGCUCGGAACUAGCGGAGCUGUCGGCGGACGGAGUGGGCCGAAGAGAGGCCUUGACGAUGGUAUCAGAGCUGCAGAGCACUCAGGAGGUGUUGGCGGAGGACUUUCUAUCGGUGGAAGGGGGAACGUUCCGCUUCCUUCUGCUUGUGGACCGAGACAGCCGGAGACUGACGCUCUCCGUGGGUGACUCCCUGACAUGGGCCCAGAGGCUCGAUGUCCUGCGAGCGCCCUCCCUGACGGUGCCCUUGCGUCCGCGAGGCCUCCUGCGCCGAUCCAUGAUGGUGAAUCCACGCCUAUGGGCGGCGGCAGUUACUGUCAUCGAGCGUGUCAAAGCGGUCCUGACCACCGCUCUAAGGGAGACUUGCCCCGGCUACGCGCUUCAUGUCGUGGGGUUCUCGCUGGGCGGCAGUGUGGGCGCUCUAGUGGCAGGCGUUUUGGACGGGUCUAUUUUUGUGGAGGGCGCUGUGCCCGCGCCACCGACGAGGCGCAGUCACACGCGGCGGGGGCGAGGGGCCCGAGCAGGAGUGGCCGUGCCCGACGAGGGGGAGGCAGAGGGGCAGGACGGGGCCAAGGAGGCCUCGAUCUCUCCCGCGCCUUCGCCGGCUCCCACUUCACCGACGUCUUCGUGGCCCCAGGCGCUGCGAGGAGCGACGGGCCUGGCUCACGACAACGUGACUGCUUUCGUGUUCGCCCCCUCGCCCUGCAUUUCCAAAAAUAUCCGAGGCCUGCGCCGCUUCACGACAUCCUUCAUACUGGGCGACGAUAUGAUGCCUCGGGCCACGGCCCUUUCCAUCAAGCGCCUUGAAAAGCGACUCUUAGACUAUGUCUCGGAAGGGGACGCCACAGGCAUCUACUUCGACUAUGCCAGGAGUUGGAUGAAGGGCGUCGUGGGAGCAACUCUACAACAGGUAGUGACGCACCAAGUCACCAAAAAGGAAGAAGAAGAGGACGAGGGGGGGAUGGAGGCGCUUACAUUACCCGGUAGGGUCUACUACAUCAAGCCCCGAAAGCUUCACGGCGGUGCGACAAUCAAGGAGGUGCUCAAUGCGACACCUAUUAAAACGCGAGGUCGCUUCGCAGCCUUAAAGAUGGUCAGCCGCGCGGAAAAGGAGAACCCGUACAUGGAGGAGCUGAAGGCUAAUGCACGUAAGAUUGGCGGCCGCGGCCGAGGGAUACUUGCCAGUGACGAAAGUAAUGCGACGACAGGCAAACGUCUGGAGGCUGUCGGAGUCGAGAAUACCGAAGAGAACCGCCGAAAGUGGCGCGAACUUCUGUACACUGCCCCAGGUCUGGGCCAGUACAUUUCGGGGGCCAUCAUGUUUGAUGAGACGCUUUACCAGAAGACGGCGGAGGGCAAGCCGUUCGUGGACGUCCUCGCCGAGCAGAACAUUAUUCCUGGCAUUAAGGUUGACACAGGCUUGCAAAACAUGUUCGGUACGGAUGGAGAGACAGCCACACAAGGAUUGGACGGUCUCGGAGACCGUUGUAAGGCUUAUUACAAGCAGGGGGCCCGUUUCGCAAAAUGGCGCGCGGUCCUCAAAGUGGACGACCGAGAUCUGCCGAGCGAGAAAGCGAUCUGGGAAAACGCGCAUGCUUUGGCCAGGUAUGCUGCCAUAGCCCAAGAAAACGGGUUGGUUCCCAUCGUGGAGCCGGAGGUCACGCUGGGCCCGGGGGCGUACUCGAUCGAGCGGACCGCCUUCAUUUCAGAGCGUGUGAACUCCAUCGUCAUGAACUGGCUCAAUCGCUACGAUGUCGUGCUCGACGCCAUCCUGCUCAAGCCUAAUAUGAUCUUGCCCGGCCUUGACGCACCCAUCGCUUCCAAAGAGGAGGUGGCCAAAUACACUGUGCAGGUCAUGAAACGAAGUAUUCCUCCUGCUGUGCCAUCGAUCCACUUCUUAAGCGGGGGUAUGGGUGAGGAAGAGGCGACCCUUAAUUUGCAACAGCUCCAAAAAGAAUACCCGGAUGCUCCUUGGAGCUUGACUUUCUCCUAUGGCCGGGCCCUCCAAUCGUCCACCCUCAAGACCUGGUCAGGCAAGCAGGAGAACUGGAAGGCCGCACAAGAUAUCCUCGUCAAGCUCGCACAGGCCAACAGCCAAGCUCAGCUCGGACAAUUCGUGGAAGGCACGCACCCGUCUCCGGGCGGCGGGCGCAUUCUGCAGGCUUUGCGCCUCGGGGGCGCCGGGAAGUGAUGGAAAAAAUGCUCCGGUCUUCAUCUCCAUCUUGAGAUUCGUGUUAGGUGGAUGUAUGCGACUGAUGUAAGGAGGAUGAGGUGACCACUAGGGGACAGGCCCCCUCACGCAGAAGUAGGCAGGCCGUUGAAGUGGACGUGAGCAUCGCACAAAGAAAGAAGUCGCAAAAGCGUCCGAGAUGCAAGUAAUGCACGGU